AUGUCGGACACAAAGGCUGCAAUGGGUGACACCGCUUCUGAAUUCCUGCUCAACGAUACCACUGUAUAUGCCGAGGGCAAUGACACCUCAGCAUGGGGACUACCUCAAGUGGUGUCUUUAGCAUUUCUCACGAGGCCGACGAAACUCAAACAAGUCUAUUCCAACUUGCCCCUGGGUCCAUACGAGAUCAUUCCAGCUGAGUUCGAACGAGCAAUGAGAAGCUCGUUUGGUAACACUGGGACUACAGACCGGGCCAGCUCACGUAUGGUGAACACUGUGGUCCUACCUGAACUGUUCGUAUGUGGGCAGAAGCCCAAGAGAGGGCAAGAAUCUCGAGUUCUUUCGAAAGUCUUUUCCUCGAAGGCAGGCGAGGACGUCGACCAAUUUCUCAACAGAUCAGACCAAAACACCCUUACUAGUCUCAGAGACGACUACAGUAAGAGGGUCGUGGCAAGUCUGAAAAACAUGCAGCUUCUGAAAGACAAUGCGGAGUGUUUGCACGUCAGCGCCACUUCGAAGGAGGAAUACGAAAACUACAAGCCUACUUUAACUUUGAAAUACGAUCAACCAUAUAUGAGCCUCGAAGAGCUCUAUGCUCAAGAGCAUGAGCAGUGGGCAGGGUGGACAGUUGGUGAAGGCGAGAUCUAUACCGAAGACAAGGAUGGCACUACCAGAUGGUAUAUUCCGUCCCUUGUGCCUCCACCAGCCGCCCUUGACACCAACGUGACUACCAUGCCAUCAGAAGAUGGUGAUACCGGAAUCACAGAGCACGUUGAAUCAGAAGCUUAUAGACAACGACGCCAGGGGUGUCCCCAAAUUGCACGAAGUCAUGAAGGAUGUUCAGCAGACUUAAUAUGGAGAGGACUUUGCUAG